AAAUCGGGCAAACAGAUGGGAGCAGAAAACAACGCAUAACAUACGUCCCCUAUCUCUUCCAACCCCACAAGAAAGGAUGGAACAAAGAGAGCGGUAGCAGCGAAGCAUAUUAACGCAGAGAGAGAGACAGAAAGAGAAAGAGAGAAGUUGGUGAAUGCCAAAGUCUGCUCCUUUAGCUCCGCCGCAGGCCGCCGUCCGCCGCAGCACUUAAAAGGUAUACUGUUGUGAACCAUGGUUAGCAUAAGGAGACGCAGACUGUUGGGACUCUGUUCUGGGAAAAACUCCAUUCCAGUUGAGUUGCCUGAACCCAUUGAGGGUAGUAAUGCCAUUGAAAAUCAUAAUAAAAAUGCUAAGUCUUUCAGCAUUCAUCCUAUGCCAUCAAUUGCUUCAAAUCGUGACAAGACAGUAAAUAUCUCUGAAACAAGCUUCGGAGCUGCAACCGUGUCUGCUUCUCCCAUACCAAAAGUGGAAACAAAUAAUUAUUUUCCAGUUAAAGAAAUCAAACGCAGAAGGAGACACCGGAGGAAGUACUAUGAAGACCAAGAACCAUGCAUAAUGCGAGGGGUAUAUUUCAAAAACAUGAAAUGGCAAGCAGCCAUCAAAGUUGAUAAGAAGCAGAUCCAUUUGGGCACUGUUGGCUCCCAAGAAGAAGCCGCGCGAUUGUAUGAUAGAGCGGCUUUCCUGUGUGGUAGAGAGCCAAAUUUUGAACUUCAAGAGGAGGAGAAGAAAGAACUUAGCCAGUAUAAAUGGGACGAGUUCCUCGCCAUAACACGCAAUGCUAUCACCAGUAAAAAACACCAAAGAAGGGGUGGAGUCGGAAGGAGAAAGAGAUCUGGGAUUGAGUCCCAAGGGAGCGACAUAGAACUUGAGAAGGUUCUUGGCGGCACAUCUUCAAUGUCUGAUGAUGGCGAGAUGGAGCCAGCUGCCAUUUGAUUGUUGGAUUCAGUUUCUCAUUUCAGUUGUAUAAUCCACUUUUGAGUAUUUGGGUUUGAGUGCACUAAAGCCUUAGUUUUUUUUUGAAGGAGUUCAAUUGAAUCAAUCACAACCACUCAAAGUGAAAUUGACAGUUGAGAUGAGAUAACUGCACUAGUGCAAAUACCAUGAUUAAUUGGAGAGAAUACAAGUCUGAAGCAGUUUUUUACCCUUGUUUUUACAGUGGGGGUUUUUUAAAUAAUCUGUUAAAGUUACUUUUUUUUUUUCUUCAUUAUUUGUGUGUAUAUGGGCUCCUAUUAUGGUAAACCAGGGCUCACAUAAUUUACCAAAUGCAUUUAAGUGUAAUAACUCUGUUCCCAUUAUUCUAUUCAAUAUUAGACUGUACUGGGGAUACUUCUAUAGUUUCUUUAGUUUCUUGGCUGUGCUUUUUAAGUUCU